CCACCUCCUCCCCCUCCUCCUCCUUCACACUCUGAAAACAGAAGAUCACAAAUUCACUUCGAUUUUGUUAUCAUAAUUAUAAUUUCCUUCCAUUUUCUUAAACCGCUUUCAAUCUCUUUGAAUAUAUAAAACGCAGAAUAUAUAAAACGCAGAUUGAUUGGAAAGUGUUCCUCCACCGAAUGAAAUUUCUCGUUUUGGCGUUCGCAGUUCUCUUAUGAUUGGUCGGGAUUUUAUCAUUGAGGAACUGAAUUUGGGAUUCCGAGCUUACACAUGACUUUGCUGCGCAAAUUGUUCUUUCGUAAGCCCCCCGAUGGGCUUCUUGAGAUCUGUGAGAGAGUUUAUGUUUUCGACUGCUGCUUCAUGACGGAUGCUUGGAAUGAAGAAAACUAUAAAGUCUACAUGGACGGAAUUGUUGCUCAACUUCGAGAGCACUUUCCUGAUGCUUCGAUCUUGGUCUUCAAUUUCCGCCAGGAAGAAACGAAGAGUCAGAUGGCUAACAUCUUGUCAGAUUAUGAUAUGACUAUAAUGGACUACCCUCGGCAAUAUGAGGGCUGCCCAGUGCUCAAGAUGGAGGUCAUCCACCACUUUUUACGGUCGAGUGAAAGUUGGCUCUCGCUUGGGCAGCAUAAUGUUCUGUUGAUGCACUGUGAACGUGGUGGCUGGCCGGUUUUGGCUUUCAUGCUGGCUGCGCUUUUGAUUUAUCGAAAGCAAUACAGCGGAGAACAGAGAACUUUGGAUAUGGUUUACAGGCAGGCUCCACGUGAGCUUUUGCAGUUUUUGUCACCGUUAAAUCCGAUUCCUUCCCAGCUGCGGUAUCUGCAGUAUAUUUCCAGGAGGAAUGUGGCCAUAGAUUGGCCGCCAUUGGACAGGGCGCUUACGUUGGACUGCAUCAUUCUCAGAUGUUUCCCGAACUUUGAUGGGGAAGGUGGAUGCUGUCCUGUAUUUCGAAUUUAUGGACAAGAUCCUUUUCUUGCAGAUAAAACUCCAAAAAUCUUGUAUUCAACACAGAAGAAAAAUAAAACCAUCCGGUUUUACAAGCAGGGAGAGUGUGAACUAAUUAAAAUUGACAUCAACUGUCAUAUCCAAGGUGAUGUUGUGAUUGAAUGCAUCAACUUGACCAGUGAUAUGGACCACGAACGGAUGAUGUUCCGAGUCAUGUUCAACACAGCUUUUAUUAGGUCCAACAUAUUGAUGCUUAACCGGGAUGAAGUUGAUAUUUUAUGGGAUGCUAAGGAUGACUUCCCCAAGGAUUUCAGAGCGGAGAUCCUUUUCUCAGAGAUGGAUGCUGCUGCUGCUGUUAUUGCGGAUGGUACCUCAUGCUUUGAGGAGAAGGAGGGACUGCCAGUGGAAGCAUUUGCCAAGGUUCAGGAGAUCUUUAACCAUGUGGACUGGUUGAAUCCUAAGGCUGAUGUUGCGCUAAAUGUACUCCAACAAAUUAGUGCUUCGGUGCAUGACCAGAUAGAUAGAAUUUCUACUCAGCAGCAUGAUACUGGAUCUUUGUUGCAUGAAAAAGAUUCUAGAGUGCCUCAGGGAAAAAAGAAUGAAGCAAAAAGGUUAUUGUCAUCAGAUAAUGAAUCCUCAGAGUUUGGUAAACCUGUGACAAGUUCUACAAAGUUUGAUGUAGAAGCACAAGUGGAUGAUCUUGCCAUGUCUAGCUCUGUAGACAUUUCUAGUGAAUCACUUUCACCAAACACACCUCCACAGAAUCCUUCCUUGCUUAGAAAAUCUAAUACUCCACCCAACACACAACUACCUUCUUAUCUUUCCCCUCUAGGACCAGCUUAUCCUGUUACUGGCGAAUUUGAAGUCCAAUCAAAAGACAGAAGUGAGUCAUCAAUCUUUAGUUCAACAUCUGGAACAUCAUUAUCAAGUGCCUUUCCAAAUAAGUUGCCUCUUGACGCUGCUUCCCAUUUUUCAGCUUCAUCUAUGACUUCAACUCAGCCAUCUCCUUCCCCUACAACCCCUAUGAAGGAGAUUCUACCUGUUAGAACUAGACCUGCUUCAUCCACUUCACAACCUCCAACACCACCCACACCCACGACUCCUCCUCAAAAGGAGCAUAAACUGGUUAGAGCUGUACCUCCCCCGCCGCCGCCACCUCCACCUCCACAGAAAAAGCAAUCACCGGUUAGAGUCAUGCCUCCUCCACCCCCACCAAUGGAAGAACCACAUUUUCGACCCCCUCCUCCCCAACGGCCUCCUCUAAAGGAGGAGCCUAACGUUAAAACUGGACCACCACCCCCUCCACCACCUCCUUUGAAGUUGCAGCCACCUGUUAGGGCUAAAACUCCUCCUCCUCCUCCUCCACGUCUUCCUAGGAAAGCUGAUUCUACCACCGUACCACCACCACCACCACCUCCUCCUCCCCCUGCUGCAGAACUCUCCUCCAAGAACCCUAAUCCUUUGUUGCAGAAUUCUACAUCUGUUCCUGCUGCUCCUAAUGCUCCUCCACCUCCUGUUCCCAUUAGUAAAGGAGAUCUAAAAUCAGAUGGAAAUAUUGCAUCUAGUACGACAGGACCCCGAGGACGAAUUCUAUCUCGUACAAUAAGUAGUACCAAAAAUCAAAAUAAAAAGCUGAAGCCGUUGCAUUGGCUGAAAAUAUCUAGAGCAGUGCAAGGAAGUUUGUGGCAUGAGGCAGCGAAAUCUGGUGAAGCUUCCAAAGCCCCAGAGAUUGAUAUUUCAGAGCUUGAGAGUCUCUUCUCAGCAGCAGUCCCAAGUUCAGGCGCUGCCAAGAAAGUAGGUGGCAGAAGCUCAGCUGGGCCUAAAUCUGAUAAAGUGCAACUGGUUGAGCACAGAAGAGCAUAUAAUUGUGAAAUCAUGCUUUCAAAAGUGAAAGUGCCAUUGCAAGAUUUGAUGAGCUCAGUGCUAGCACUAGAGGACUCAGCACUAGACAUUGAUCAGGUUGAAAACCUUAUAAAGUUUUGUCCUACAAAAGAGGAGAUGGAAUUACUCAAGGGUUAUACUGGAGAAAAGGAGAAGUUAGGGAGGUGUGAACAGUUCUUCCUAGAGUUGAUGAAAGUACCCAGGGUAGAGUCCAAACUCAGAGUGUUUUCAUUCAAGAUUCAUUUCCAAUCUCAGGUUUCUGACCUUAGAAAAAGCCUGAAUAUUGUAGAUGCUACUGUAGAAGAGAUUAGGAAUUCUUUCAAAUUGAAGAGAAUUAUGCAAACGAUACUUUCUUUGGGAAAUGCUUUGAACCAAGGAACUGCUAGAGGUUCUGCUAUUGGAUUCAGAUUGGACAGCCUUCUUAAACUCACUGAGACACGAGCACGGAACAACAAGAUGACUCUCAUGCAUUAUCUUUGUAAGGUGUUGGCUGACAAAUUACCUGAAGUUCUAGACUUCUCCAAGGAUCUUUCUAACCUAGAGCCUGCAGCAAAGAUCCAAUUGAAGUUUUUGGCAGAGGAGAUGCAAGCUGUAAGCAAAGGAUUAGAGAAAGUUAUCCAGGAACUCUCAACCUCUGAAAAUGAUGGUCCUAUAUCUGAGACAUUCCGCAAGACUUUGAAAGACUUCCUCCGUUCUGCUGAAGCUGAAGUUCGAUCACUGGCUUCAUUAUAUUCUGGCGUGGGUAGGAAAGUGGACGCGUUGAUUGUUUAUUUUGGUGAAGAUCCAUCUCGCUGCCCUUUUGAGCAAGUUGUGUCAACCUUGCUCAACUUCACGAGGAUGUUUUACAAAGCCCAUGAAGAAAACUGCAAGCAGCUUGAGCUUGAAAUGAAGAAAUCAUCUGAUGGUGAGAAAAAGAUAUGUGAAUCACAAAGGAUACUGCCUACAGCAAUCCGGACCGGCAACGUCAAGUGAUCAGUAAUUAGAUGGACUACUAGCUUUGAACCAGAAUGGCUGAUGAUGUUGAACAAGCUUGUACAUGGCACAAGUAUCAGAAUCUGGCAAUUUGCAUUGCAGAACAGAAUGUAGGAGCUCAUUAUGGUGCUUAAGUGAGAUUAUUUUGGAUCUCACGGCAGAGGUAGCAGAUCUCGCAGGAUCUUGUUCUUUUCUCAGACAACUUGUAUAUAUAUCUUCGCUCAGCAAAUGUAACAUUGUCAGUAAUUUUCAGGAAAAGGAGGGAUUUGUUAUUUUUCUCUCCCCUUCUGAUUUUGAUCUUCUUUCUACCAACACAAGGUUGGCACUUCAAAUGAAAACUUUUGAAUAUCAUCUCUUGUAUAGAUUAUCUACAAUAGGUAAUAUUCAUUCACUGAAGAAUGUACUCUAGAGCAUAAUAUUCCUUACUUGUAGACAUUAAAACGUAAA